CACCACUCAGCGCAUCCUUUUUAAUACCCUUUCUCUUUCUGCACACCAAUUACUUGCCAUUUGCUUUUCCUCGUUCUGCAAGUGCAAAAUCCCACCCCUCCGUGCUUCUUCCAUCCCCUUCUUGCAGCCAUCCUCACUCUUUCACAGUCACUCCCAGGCCCCCAAGAAACGUUUCGUUUCUCUCGUUUCUCUCGUUUCGCUUUUUACUGCUCUGCUGGGCCCUGGAGGCUGCAGAAGCCAGCAAAAACCAACAGGGGCCGUGGUGGUUAUUAUUAAAUCUUAACCCCGCAGCAAACUCCGCUCAUCAAAAAACCCCCCAUCACAUCCCUCGGUUCUCGUCGCGUUUUGGGGGGCUUUUUGCUUUUCCUUUUCUUUUCCUCUUCGCUAUCUCUGAGGUUUAUUAUCCAUGGCGGAGAGUCUUGACGACGGCGAGUUCUGGCUUCCUCCUCAGUUCCUCACAGACGACGAUGUGCUCAUGGACUUGGAGACUGAUGCUUACAAGUCUCUGUUUCCCCUUGAGCUCCCCUGCCGUUUUGGCUCUUUUGGGUUCUCCUCGGAUCUCAGCUCUCCCGUUGAGUCUGUUGUUGGUUCCACCGAGACCGAGAGUGACGAGGAGGAGUAUCUUGCUGGAUUGACUCGUCAGAUGGCUUGGUCUACUCUCGAAGACGACUGGGGCCAAAAGGGCCGCGCAUUUAACAAUGAAAACUCCAAGGGUUUGCGUCUGUCUGGUUCGCCUCAAUCGACGCUGUGUGCGGUGGGGACUGGUUGUGGGCACAGGCAGUGGUCUAGCCGUGGUAGCCCUAAGUGUCAAUCUCGACUCCCCUCGCCCCCAAGAACUUGGGAUCUGCUGUAUGCGGCUGCGGGGGAAGUUGCUAGGUUGCGAGCUAAUGAAGACUUGUUCAACCAUGGAAGAGGUCUCCUGCCUCCACCAAGAAAAUCUUCACCAAAUCUCGAAGUCGGUGGGUUUCACUCAUCGCAGUCGCUUUCUCACCAGAAGUUGCAGGCUACUCAGUUUCAACAGCUGAAACAGCAACAGAUGAUGAGACAACGGAGCGCUUCGGCUUGGGCAGCUCUGAAGCAGCAACAGUGUCAUGUGGUCCAAAACAGGGGGAUGAACAAUAAUAAUACGGCUGAGUUUGUUGUUAGCAGGACUAAUAGCACAAGACCCCUUGGCUUGUCGCCGUCUGCAUGGCCUCCUGUGCAGCAGGCAGGGUCUCAAAACGGACCAGGCAUGCGGGCCGUGUUCCUGGGUAAUCCCACCGGCAAAAGGGAAUGCCCUGGUACUGGUGUUUUCCUGCCUCGUCGACAUGGUACACCUACUGAAUCCCGCAAGAAGCCAGGUUGCUCCACCGUUCUACUCCCGGCCAAAGUGGUGCAGGCAUUGAACUUGAAUCUGGAUGAGAUUGGUGCUCAGCCGCGGUUCAACGGAGGAUACACUCCAGACAUCGAUGUUGCUCCGAGACUUCGCAAUGGCAACGUUUUCUCCAAUCAAAGGCGCAAUUUCAGGCCACAGCAAGGAAUGACCCAUGAACUCCGGUUACCUCAGGAGUGGACAUAUUGACUAGAUUCUUUAUGGGGGGUCAACUAAUUGUGCUCUGCUCUUUUGGGGACUUUUUGUUUUAGGGAAAGGAGGUUUUAGAACAGAGAAUGGGAAGCUUAGUAGUUUGGCAUAGGAAAUAGUAGUAUAGAUAUAAUAUAGAAGAUAUAUUAAGGAAAUGGAGGGAACAUGAUCCUGCUAAUGAAGGUGAAAAUGAAUGUCUUUUUUGUUCUGGGAUAGUUUUAGGUGAAAUAAAAUUUUCUAGUUUGAUGACAGCGAUGGGUGCUAUGCAAUGCAAUGAAAUGCUAGCUAGCUGCAGCUAUUUUGUUCUUUUUGUUGGGCUCAAGGAAAAAGAAAUGGGGGUAGAUUGAUAGGAUUUACUCUCUGUAAUCUUACAUAUAUUGCUGCCAAUAAGAGAUCCAAUUUCCUUGAUAAUAAAAUGUUUACUCCAAU